AUGGCCUGGCUUCGAGCCCAACCCCCGCGCACUGCACGUGCACGGAGCAAUUGGAGCACAUGUGUCGGAAGCCUUUUCCUUCUGACACUCCCCUUGGCAGCGCUGCCUGGACCCGCCUGGGUGCCCGCGGUGGCCAGGCGAGCCACCGGCGAGUGGGGCCGUUCGGCCACGGCCGAAGAGCUUGAGGCGGAGGUGCCUACGCUUUAUGUCUAUGAUCAUUGCCCGUACUGCGUCCGAGCCCGGAUGAUUUUUGGGUUGAAAAAGACACCUUUCAAGUUGGACUUCUUGAUGAAUGACGACGUCGUGACCCCUACCAGAAUGAUUGGCAAGAAGGUUCUCCCGAUAAUGGAGAUUGACGGCGAAGCCAUGGGCGAGUCCCUGGACAUUGUCUCAAAGGUCGAUGCCCUGGAUGACACUCCGAUUCUGUCCAAGGCCGCUGGCCGCAAAGACAUUAGCACAUGGCUCAGCGACAACAAGGACCUCCUGCGCAAGAUCACGAGGCCUCGUGAUGCCAUGGCCUUGUACCCCGAGUUCUCCACGAAAGCCGCGCGGGCCACGUGGGUGAAAAACCACCAACUCUCUGGCAUGACCUUCGAGGAAGCACUUGAGACAAGCGGGCCGCUACUGGAAGAGCUGAAUGGGAAGCUGCCGGAGCUCAGCGAGAUGCUCCACAGCUCUGAGUCAGUCAAUGAAGGUGGCUAUUCUUACGACGACAUCACCUUGUUCCCCACUUUGCGGAGGCUUACCAUCGUGAAGGACGUGAAGUGGCCCGAGAAGCUCCGGCAAUAUGUGGAGCACAUAGCCGACAUCUCUGACGUGCCAUUGCUAGAUGCGAUGGCGCUGUAG